UAAUCUUCAACCCUUCACUCCUCUCUCUCUCAUCUCUCCAGUCUCCUGAGCGCAGGGGCGGAUCCACAUAUAGUCAUUUUGGGUCCCAGGACACAGUAUUUUUUUCUUUAAAUAAAUAAAUUAUUCCUGAUGUUAUUUUUUUUUUUCCUCUCUAUGUCUAUUUCACGGUCCCAGCCUCCCAGGACACAGUACUCCUUCCUCUCUCUCUCCUCCAUUGAAGCAUACUCGAAAUUCUCUGAGCUUUCUCUCCUCCAUUGAAGCAGUCUCUAAGGACAACCUGUUAAUCAAAUCCUUGAUCCACCACUGCCUGAUCGUAACAAUGGCGAGUGGAUCAGGCUUUUCCAUGGAAGAAUUCGAGUCACUAAUGGGGACAUCAGAUGUUGAGCUUUUAAAGAGAGCUUGGCGCAACGAGAAAUCUGCUCCCGAAAUUCUUCAAUUCCAGUCUUCUUUGGUUCUGAGAUCUCGCGAGCAAAUUCAACUUAUGGAGGAAACCAUCGAGGAGUUUACAAGAAGUGGUUUCGAUCCUCUGAUAGUGUCUAUAUAUCAAAUGGAUAUGGAUCGGGCUCAAUAUAUGUUGAGAUCAUAUCUCCGGACUCGCCUUCAAAAGAUAGAGAAGAACAUGAUUCAUUUCUCAAAAACAGACCUUUGGAACCGACUCUCAAAAGAGGAACAAAGCUUCGCCAAAAGGUGCUAUGAAAAUAUGAAGAGUUAUCUUGAUGAGUCAGUUCUGUCAAAAUUGCCUACUGGUUACCAGUCUGAUCUUAAGCAAUCCAACGCUAGUGAAGAAAAUGACAUGGUUCCAGAGCCAAAUUUGGAUACGUUUGUGUUUUGCAAGAGUGAUAGUUCUAUUGGAGCCAUUCCACUUGAUGACAGUGCGGAUGAGAUUGUGGACCUUGUUGCUGGUGAUUUAUACGUACUUCGUUACAAGUCAAUUAAGCCCUUUGUGGAGAAUGGGCAGAUUGAUCUUGUUUGAGGGAUCUCUUUAUCAUUUCUGAAUAUUUACGACUUCGACCUCUUCUCCUGGGCCCUCAGUAAAACUGAAUGCCAUACUACAGCAAGCUUUAUUUAUAGAGAAUAUGAAAAUGUAGCUUGUCUGAGCAUCCUCGAUCAUUUCACACUGCUGAUGACAGAUUGUGCAAGUAGAGCACUUCGCUAGCUUGGAUUUCCUACAUUAUGGUCUGAAAUCUGGGAGAAGAGUACCUUCUUCAAUUGGGGAUAAGUACUUUGGGUCUGGGAUACGUUCAUUUUCAUGAGCAUGUUUGGGGCUGGUUAUCCAGAAUAGGUUAAAGCUCCUGUGGCAAAUGUUAUGUAAUGCUAUCUUAAAUGUAUUAUUGAAAGUGUGAAAGUACUCAAUACUUAACUGUAGUAUUUGUUUGUUGUAAGAGGGGGUUAGUGGUUGCAGCGUAGUUCUAAAUCUUUUUAUCUAAUUGAGGACCAAAUAACAUUAUUGUUAAAGAUUGGCAUGCUAAUAUUUGGGUUAAUAAAAUACAAAAUGAAUCAUAUGGCCUA